GUCUCUUUGAGGCGUAGCGAGCUGUUUUACAAAAGAAGAAGAGCAUGGAGGAAAAGUGACAGCACGGUUGGUGUCGAACAAUGAACCAGUCAACAUGGGGCAGACACUGUGUUUGUGCUCCCGCGGCUCCAUCACCAUCGAUAACAAGAAAUAUUACUUUGUCCAGAAAUUAGAUGAAGGUGGUUUCAGUUAUGUGGACCUGGUUGAGGGGGUGAAGGACGGGCGCUUCUAUGCCCUGAAGAGGAUUCUGUGCCAUGACCGUGAAGGCCGCCAGGAUGCUCAGACUGAAAUGGAGAUGCAUCAUAAGUUUAAUCACUCCAACAUCUUGAGCCUGGUCGCCCACACCUUUGUUGAUCGUGGAGGAAAGAGUGAAGCCUGGUUACUUCUGCCUUAUAUAAGUAAAGGCAGUUUGUGGUCCGUUCUGGAGAAGCUACGAGACAAGGGGAGCUCAAUGCCUGAAAAACUGAUUUUGCAAGUUUUUCGUGGCAUCUGCACUGGACUCAAGGCCAUUCAUGAAAAAGGUUACGCACACAGAGAUCUGAAGCCCACUAAUGUGCUUCUGGAUGAGGAUGACAGGCCAGUUCUAAUGGACCUGGGCUCUAUGAACCGGGCCAGAAUUGAGGUUAAAGGCACCAGAGAAGCCAUGACCAUACAGGACUGGGCAGCCCAGCGUUGCACCAUUUCCUACAGAGCUCCUGAACUCUUCAAUGUAGAGAGCCACUGCAUUAUAGAUGAGCGCACUGAUAUCUGGUCACUUGGCUGUGUGCUUUACUGCAUGAUGAUGUCGGAGGGACCGUACGACCUGGUGUUUCAGAAGGGGGACAGUGUUGCCCUCGCUGUCCAGAAUCCAGUGACCAUCCCACAGUCUUGCAGUUACUCUGAGGGCCUGCAGGUGCUGCUGAGCUCCAUAAUGGUGUCGAACCCCCAGGAGAGACCAAACAUCAGCUGGGUUCUCGACCAGGUACAGGACCUGCAGAGUCGCAGCCCCAACACCCAAACCAACAUGGUCUGAUGUCGCACAGUGUAUUAGAUUUGGGCCCUUUGCACACAAAUAAAUGAAUGCAUUUUAUUUUUAGCUUGAAAAUACACUUUAUUUAUUGACUUUAAUGUAAACGGUACAGACUCUCACUCUGCCUGGGGAACUUGGAAACAGGCCGAUCUCUUGGACUCUUGUAUUUCUCACAAAUUUACCAAAUGUCAAAAAUCAAAACAUCUGAAUGGCCUUAAAUGUAGUUUGGACAAUGUGAAAGGGAUGCUUCUAAUAAUGUAGUGGCUUUACCUUUCACUGUUAAAGGGACAGUUUGACCGGGUGAAAAAUCCACUUUCCUCGAGAGUUACAUGAGAAGAUAGAUAACAAACUCACGUCGAUCAUUCAGCAUGAGGCUGGAGCCAACAGCCUGUGAGCUUAGCUAAUCACAUUUUAGCAUAAAGAUUAUAAGAAUGACCAUGUUCCAUAUCUUGGGGAUUAAACCUGUACAAAACACACAAUAUUAAAAUGACAGGUUGUUAAUGGUUCAAAGGGAUGUUUAUUUGUAAAGCCCAGCCCAUAUGGAGGUUAACAAUUCCUUAUUACAAAACUUUAAUUGAGGCUUGAUCAUUUACAGUUUAACCAUAGAUUUUAUUUUAUUUUAACUUCAGUUAAGCAAAUAAAGAGAUUAUUUUAUGAAGAAUGUAAAUGCACAUAUUUACUGCAGUUUUCUAUGAAAGGCUCAUAUUGGCUGAACUUCUACUGUAUUUCCAUUACAAAAACAUACAUCACAGUCUUAAAGGUUAUAGUUAUGGGGAAUUUUUAAAAAGGGAGAAAAGAUAGAAGCCUUGGUCAUACCUUCCUGUGGACGAGGCUUCCUGAGUUCAACGCAUAUCAGAUUACAACCCCUACCAACGAGGAAGAUGUUCCAAUUUCCUUUUAUUGAUUAUGUCAAUUUUGUGUGUGUAACAUCAUGCUCCUCACCUGCAAUGCUGCGUUUGAACACAAAGUGGCGUUUCAGCACCACAGUCCGCUGCCCCACGUACAGACGUGGCCAUGGACCAUGUUUCUGUCUCAACUGUUGGUCAUGUGCAAAUGGACUUUAAGUAAAACACAGAAAGGAAGCAUUUGCUUUCACCAAAAGAAAAGAAAACCGAAGCAAAGACAACAGAUGUUAAUGUUACACACCAAAACAACUCUUUCAACGCAAUACAUGUUUUUUAACACUGGCAGUCAAAGUAAUUGCCAUGGCAUUAUACCCCAAUUUUUACUUCAGAUUUUACUGUAAUGUUUAUUUUUAAAUAGUUUAUUUUUUCCCAUUCCAGCUAUGCUUGUUUGAUUCUGGGAUCCUGUCAUUUGUAAGUGUGGUCUGACUCCUCUGUUCUCAGGGUUCACCACAUCUCAGAGUCUGAUGGUCCUUCCUAGUCGACCUAAAUGGUACCUUACCAAACUGCUAUGAAAUAAAUUACAAUGUUUGGCAUUUUAAGUUAAGAUUUAUGCUUUUUUGAGUCUGUAAUGAAGUGAUACCGGACCACGUGAGAAUAUAAAAGGUCCCUGACUGUUAAUAUAUGCAGUUAAUUGUUGGAAAGGUAACUGACAUACUAUUUUAAUAUAUUUUUCUUUUAAAUGCUAAGUUUUGAAAUGACUAUGAAUUUCUGUGUGGCUGUCAAUGGCGAGCUAAUACUGGUAUCACUCUGAGUUUAACAGUGUGUUAUUUGAUUAUGGAGAAAUCUGUAGACAUUAUUUUUCAUCUCUUCUCUGCACAGUAAAGGAUAAACACAUAUUAACUAUGGAGCCCUGUGUACACCGUUUUUAAUAUAUAUGUGAAAUAAAACUGCAUCCUAUAAA